AUGAGAAAGGGGAAGGGGGAGCGAGGUCGAAAGCCAAGAGCCAACGGGAGAAGGGAGAAGCAAGGCAAGAGGCGAAGCCAAGGUGAGAAGUGGAAAGCCAGGGAGGUGAAGCAAGGCAAGAGGGGAGCCAAUGGGAGAAGGGAAAGCCAAGGAGGGGGAAGCAAUGGCAAAGAGGGGAAGCCAAGGAUGAAGGGGAAAGGGGGAGUCCCAAGGGAGGGGGGAGGAGGGCGAGGCCAAGGGCAAAGGGGGGACCGAGCAAAGAAAACAGGGGGGCAGGCCAAGGGCAAAGGGGGACCGGGCAAAGAAUAG